CCAGAUGCCAGUUACUGAUGGAGAGGAUGUAGAAUGGAUGUUGAUGCCAGAUGGUCAAGGCAACGUCCAGGUGGCCAUCUUGUCUGGGGUCGAACCUCGCAACUCGGCUGGGGUUGACAGUGUCAACUUCUAUCUGUACACGAGGGACAACCCGACAAGGGCUGAGAGAAGAUCCAUGAAUGACUCGUGCCUCCCGGUGUUCAAGUACUUCAAGCCACAACGGAAGUCCAAGCUCUUGGUCCACGGGUUUGGAGACAGUGGAGAGAACUCACUCAUGUUUCCCAUUUUGAGAGAUGCUUUCCUCGCUCGUGGGGACUACAAUGUGUUCUGGGUAGACUGGGGCCAGAUGGCCGCUACGCCGUGGUACCGUACAGCCGCACGCAACACAGCUGUGGUGGGGCGUCACACGGCGGCCAUGUUGGAUCACUUGUCACGCUCGACAGGCGCAGACAUGCAGGACUUCCAUCUCGUUGGGUUCAGUCUGGGCGCGCAUGUCGUGGGACUGACUGGUAAAAACGUCCGUAGCGGCAAGAUCAAGAAAAUCACAGCUCUAGACCCUGCACAGGUGUUGUUUAAGACUGCUGGCCCUGAUGACAUGCUGGCUUCAUCUGACGCUGAUGACGUGGAAGUUGUUCACACAUCGGGUGGAUAUCUCGCUUUCCAGAAAGCCCUCGGACAUCGAGACUUCUACCCUAACGGAGGAUCAUGGCCACAACCCGGCUGCACUCUGGAUUAUGCAGCUGUUUGUAGCCACCGAAGGGCUUACUACUAUUACGAGGAAGCUCUGAAGAAGGGAAACGGAUUCAAAGCCAUUCCUUGUGAUUCUUGGAGCGAUUUCUCAAGCGGAAAAUGCAAAGAGAAUUCAGACAACGCCAUUUUAAUGGCAAACGACAUCAAGAACGGAAAGGCUCGAGGAACAUACUUUUUGGAGACAAAUCCAGGUGAACCUUUUGGGCGAUCUUCAAAAACAAAAAGGAGACCAUCUACUGAUGACUGAC